GAAAAAUUCCCUAUUGUUCUUCGCAGCUGAAAGCUGCACAGGCAGUAGAGUAUUUAAAGGAAGAAGCUGUAUUAACAGCGAUAGAGUACAGUCAUGUAGAAGAAACCUGGUUGUAGAAGAGAUAAAAUGGAAUUUCCGUGCUUUUACACAUUUCUAUCUGCUGUGGCAGCAAUUUUAACGCUGACCACUGCACUUCUUCCGGACGAUUACGUCCAGAAAUCUGCUCAGGACAAGCAGAAUAUUCUGUGGACGCAGAUUGAAAGUUCCCCAUACAGUCCGGCGCCACUGCCGACAAACAAUCCCAGUUUUGCGGAUUCUAUACGUCUCUUCAACCAGAGCUACCUUCAAGUGGUGUUUUUUCACAGUUCCGAUGAAUUACCACCGGGUCGUAAGAAACUGGUUCACACCUACGGAAUGGUGGCCAAAGUGGAGUUGGUAAUCUUUCCUAAUUCAACUUACACGGGUUUAUUUCGCACGGGCGGAAUCGGCCUGAUACGCUUUUCUGUAGCCAAAUACGAUCCGCAGAAUAUCGUCCCCGCCAUUGCUGUGAAGAUUUUGGUUGAUGGCCAGAAAUCACAGAAUUUUUUCGCGUUGAAUAACACCGAUGGACAGGGAACAAACACCAAUUUUUUCACUCGUCCCAUAUCCAAUUUCAUCGACGAGCCGCUGACUAUAGAUCCAACGGCGCACGCUCUGCAGGCAGUAAUAAGCGCCGCCACGAAAAACCUGCCCGGCGGCCCGGAUGACCGGCCGGAAUCCGCCCUCAAUUUGCCGUUUUACGAAGCGGCUUCCGUUGACGCAAACGGAAUGAAUGUCUCGGAAGCUGUGCGAGCGCCGUACAGAAUUACCUAUCUGCCCAACGGCGAUUUGGGAUGGGACGCCAACAGUGCUCAGGAUGUGCGCAUGCAAUUAACCACAAUUCCCGAGAAUUCAGUACUGUUCACCCUGGCAGUCAGUCCCACCCAAAAUAGCGAUGCGACGGAAAUUAUCGGACAGUUGGUGUCGCGUAGUCCGGUUUUUGGAUCGCAUUAUGGCGACGAGAAUCUGUUUUUCCAACACCCUUCUAAACGUUGGAGGUCAUAGAUUAAUCAGAGGAUCUAGUCAUAAUUGAAGUUGUGAUUGCAUUAUUUAGUUUGUCUGCCCAUGGAAAAGCUCUACUAUCAUUUUCCAUUGGAUCAUAAUACAUGGCAAUGCAAUUCAGCUCUAUCGAAAUACAUAGUAUCGUAUAGUACGAAAUCAUAAUUCGUAUUGUGUGUGGUAAAAUAUGUACCUCCACAUAUGUAUAAUCUGGUUGUAUACAUAUUUUACUGUUGUUGUUGAGAGCUAUAAAGAGAAUUCUCGGUGUGAAUAAAA